GCGACAGCGAGAAGGCCAUGGAUCAGCAAGGGAAGUUGUGCGACAAAGACGGGGUUCUUGUAGAGUCAUGUGACCGGGCAGAGACGUCUGCCGAGCAUCUGGAGAUGGUCCUAUGGGCCGUCCGGCCGCUGACGGCACCAACUGCGCAGGAACCAGUCGACCAAGAGCUGCCCACGUGCGAGGGGCCGAUCACAGUGGAAGAAGUCCAGGCAGCAGUGCGCAAGCUGAAGCGCGGCCUCCAGAUGCACUGGGGGAGGGGGGGGCUGCAGCCAAUGGAGAUAUGCGCGGACCUGAACGUCGCCACUCCGACCGGGGACGCGCUGGAGGCCAAUGGCACCAUGCUGUGCCCGGGGGCCACAGUGCACAGCGACGGCCACUCCACUUCGGAAGUGGGCAGAAAAGUCGGGGCCGCCACGGCAGACUUCCGAUCGCUUUGCACUGUCUGGAAGAACGCGACGAUCAGCCUGGUGAUCAGAGACCCGUCCAAGGCAGAGCUGAGGAAGGUCGCUUUCCAUGGCGCCGGCACCACCCCAGAGACUGCAGUCUGGGUGAGACGCCGCGGCAG